AUGGAUGGGACAAACGUGCCUUUCGGAGCGGGGGGGCGGGGAGCUCGCCUGUCCCGAGCAACGCGAGUACUUCAGCAGCGCCCCUUCCAGCAGAGUAAUUCCAUGGAGAGCGGGGAGGGGGAGGGGAGGGGAGACCGUGGAAGCGCGAAGCGAAGCGCGAGUCGAGCGAGCCCGUUAGGAAAUCAUGGUGCCUCCUGCUGCGGGGCCAGUGGCGCGGGCAGCUUCGGGCAAGGAGGAAGCCAAAUGCUCAGCCGCCUCUCUCUCUCUCUCUCUCUCUUCUUUCUUUCUUUCUUUUUUGGUAGCUCCCGGGGAGAAGCCCUCUUCACGCCCGGGCAGCGCGGGGCAUCCUCGAAGGAGCGGGAGCCCAGGCGAGGGCUGCUGCCUGUCACAAGUCCACCCCGCUUUCGGCACUCAGCGCAUGCUGCACUCACCCGGAUGCUGCUGGUGGGGCUGAUGCCUUGCCUGGCGAAACAUCGCUGUGGGGAACACACCUGGACCCGCUGCUGCUCCUGCCCCUGCUGCCGCCGCAACCGCUCGGCAGGCCGGCAGUCUAGGAAAAAGAAGGAAAUUCCCACUUUCGCUGUCACCUUCCUCUUCCUGGCUCGCCUUGCCAGCUGCCGGGCUUCCCCUGGCGCUCGGCUCUCCCCUCCCCGCGCCUCAGCGGCACUCUCCUCGCUUCCUGCCUGCGGGAUUCCUGGCGGAGUCCAGCGAAAGAGACAGCACUGGCAGAGGGAACACAAGGCGCGUUUAACGCCAAGCUCGCCUCAGCGGCGUCGGUGGCGGCGACGGCAGAGACAACCACCACCGGCAGCUCCAACCAGCCAGCUGCUGUCUGUCCUCAGGACAUUACCUUCAUCUGAUUUCUAGCCCAUGAAUGAAUGGGUUUUACAAGAUGGCUACAUCCAUUUUUAAGGAAUGAUUUCCCCUUUCAGCUAGCAAGUAACCUGUGUUAGUUUCAAGCCACCUAUCUCACCAAUAGCAAUUAUGCCUAAAGCAAAAGGGACUGAAGCAUUUUCAAAGUCCAGAAUGGCCAGAAAGGGCUCAGAUGCAUACAGUCUUCGCUGAUCUAUAAGAAGUAGGAGGAGGAAAUACAACACAGACUUGUAAGAUUUUGUUAUUGUCAUAAAAUCUCAAUAAAAUUA